AUGAAACCCUUCUUUAGCCACUUCAUUUUCUUGCUUGCAAUUUCAACACUUGUCAUGUCUCAAGAUUCCUGUACUGUUGGUCUUGGUCCUCAGUCUGGCAACUACCAUGUGGAAAUUCGAAACCACUUGAGCCAUGACACCAUUUUGAAGGUUGGCUGCAAGUCUGGUGGUGGAGAUCUUGGUGACCAUUGGAUUGUAAAUGGGCAGCGUUUCACUGUUGGUUUCCACAAUGACAAAUGUGUCUCGACCGAAUACUGGUGCAAGCUAAGUUGGGGUUCCAAAUCCAGCCAUGGCGGCAACUAUCGCUUCUUCAGCUGUGAAGAAUCGUUUCUCAAGUUCUGUAAUUUCCAGGACUGCAGUUGGAAGGUUAGGGAUGAUGGGAUAUAUUUGCAUGACAUGCAUGGACUAAAAGAUGUGAAAUAUUAUGACUGGGAGAGCUAA